AUGCAUCAAAUGUUAGCCAAAAGCUGUGACACCGCUUAUGAAUUUGCAGUAAAUAAACAACUUUGCGAUAUGAUUAAUGAAGGAAGAGAAUUAAAGUCGGAAAUAUCAAUUGAGACAUACCGUUAUUUGGAAAAAAACAGCUGUUUCUUGAAAUUUUCUUCAGAAAUCAAAAUAAUUGACUUAUUUUGGACAAUUUCAUCAACCUAUGCAUUGCCUGACAGCAGUCCAUAUAGUAAGUGUACGAUUUAUUUGAAACCCAUUUUCUUUUUGGCUUUGCAUCUGAGGCAUGAAAAUUGUUUACCAAUGUCAUCGAGAGUUGAACGACUAGAAGUGAAAAAUAUUGUUCUUCUGCUUUUUACUAAAUUCUUCCAACAUUUAUCGAAUAUAACUUGUUAUAUCAAAUUGUCAGUUUGCGCCUGUGUGAUCCAUGAUGUCAAUGUUAAUGAAAACUUUGUCUUAUCAGAUAACAAUGACCCCCCACAACCGCUCAGCAUUCCUGCUCCUUCCUACCAAGAAUCUCGCAAAGAUAGACCAAAAAGUCAAGAACCUGUAUCUCCUCGAGAAUAUUUGUUUGAGCUAUUUUUAAAUGUCAUAUGUGUAUCAUCUUCUCAGUAUUAUUUUCGAAAGACAGUGAUUUUUAUUAAAUAUAUAUAUAGAAAACGUUCUAACCUAGCGUUCAAAUGA